CAUACACAAGAAAUUGCAUAAUGGACUUUCUCCAGCUCCCAUCAUUUGCAUCUAUGAGAGUUCUUGUCUUUGGUUUUUGGGUUGUAACUUUAUUUUCUGAGUUUGCAGUUGGCAUAACAAGGCACUAUACAUUCAAUAUUGAGUAUUUGAACGUCACAAGAUUGUGCCACACAAGGCCUAUUCUGAGUGUGAAUGGCAAAUUCCCAGGACCACCAUUAGUGGCAAGGGAAGGUGAUAGGGUGUUGGUUAAGGUGGUUAACCAUGUCUCCAACAAUGUAACCAUUCAUUGGCAUGGGAUUCGGCAGAUAACAAGUGGUUGGGCAGAUGGACCAGCAUAUGUGACACAGUGUCCCAUACAAAGCAAUCAGUCCUACACAUACAAUUUUACCAUUACUGGCCAAAGGGGAACCCUUCUUUGGCAUGCUCACAUUUCAUGGCUUAGAGCCACCAUUUAUGGACCCAUCAUAAUCCUCCCUAAGCAAAAAGACCCUUAUCCGUUUGAGAAACCACAUAAAGAAAUCCCUAUCAUUUUCGGGGAAUGGUUCAACGUUGACCCAGAAGCAGUUAUAAGUCAGGCCCUUCAAACAGGAGGGGGACCCAAUGUUUCAGAUGCUUACACCAUCAAUGGUCUUCCGGGGCCUUUCUAUAAUUGUUCCUCUAAUAAAGAUACAUUAAAGCUAAAGGUGAAGGCCGGAAAAACAUAUCUUCUAAGGAUAAUCAACGCUGCACUCAACGAAGAACUCUUCUUCAGCAUAGCAAAUCACACACUCGUAGUUGUUGAAGCAGAUGCUUCAUACACAAAACCAUUUGAAACACACACAAUCCUAAUAGCCCCAGGCCAAACCACAAACGUUCUCCUAAAGACCAAACCCAAAUUCCCCAACGCCACUUUCCUCAUGGCUGUUAGGCCCUAUUUCACCGGCAGCGGCACCUUCGACAACUCCACUGCCGCCGCCAUCCUCGAAUACACCCACCCUUCUCACAAACCCACUCCUCAAAACCUCCCCCUUCUUCAACCAACACUUCCACCAAUAAACGCAACAGAUUUCGUUACAAAAUUCACCGCGAAGUUUAAAAGCUUAGGGAAUGAUAAGUUCCCUUCAAAGGUACCUAAAAUGGUGGACAAGAAAUUCUUCUUCACUGUAGGAUUAGGGACUAGUCCUUGCCCUAAGAACACAACAUGCCAAGGACCAACCAACAACACGAAAUUCGCAGCUUCCGUAAACAACAUCUCUUUCGCGCUUCCGCAUUCGUUGUCUUUAAUCCAAGCCUACUAUUCAAAACGAUCAAACGGUGUUUUCAAGACAGAUUUUCCUUCCGUUCCAAUCAACCCUUUCAAUUACACAGGAACUCCACCGAAUAACACAAUGGUUACAAAUGAUACGAAGUUGGUGGUUCUGAAUUUCAACACUAGUGUACAGGUGGUGUUGCAGGGUACUAGUAUUCUUGGUGCUGAGAGCCACCCUCUUCAUCUUCAUGGCUAUGAUUUCUUUGUUGUUGGGCAAGGUUUCGGGAACUAUGAUGAAAACAAAGACCCUGAGAAGUUUAAUCUUGUGGAUCCUGUUCAGAGGAACACUGCUGGAGUUCCAGCAGCCGGAUGGAUUGCAAUUCGGUUUCAAGCAGAUAACCCCGGCGUAUGGUUCAUGCACUGUCACCUAGACAUUCAUACAAGCUGGGGAUUGAUAAUGGCAUGGCUAGUAUUAGAUGGACCUGAGCCCAACCAGAAGCUCCAACCACCACCGUCUGAUCUUCCAAAAUGUUGACUUUGUGUGUCUGGAUUCAUUAUUGGGCUUUUCUCCUCCAAUAAGAUUUUUCCCCUUUUUAUGUCAAAUAAAAAAUUUAAUUGUGAGAUUCUUUUGAUGUGUUGAUGACGUGAGAGGGGAAAAUAAAGAAUGUGUAUUUUGGGGUUUGUUAUGUGGAGAGUAGAAACUGUUCGGUCGGUAGUCAUGUUUGGUUGGUUGGGUGGGAUUGAAUUGGAUUAGGGAUAAUUAAGAAGCAGUUCACAAGUGUUAGUCAAAGGAGGAAUUUGCAAUGCUUUCUUUUUGAAUAAU